AUGUCAUGGCAGUUUGCGACUUUAAUAUGUGUUUCACAUUUAUCAUGCCUGGUUGGGAGGGUAGUGCCCAUGAUAGUAGGAUUUUCAAGAGUGCAACACAGAAUCCUCAUUAUAGCUUUCCCCAUCCUCCUCAAGCGAGGGCAUCUCAAAUCAUAUCCUGAUACGAGAUAUCAUAUACCUGAUUUUGAACGAGCAAGUAAUGUUACAAGAAACAAAAAGGAGGUGUUCAACAAAAGACAUUCCUCUUUGCGAGGCGUCAUCGAGCGAACAUUUGGUGUUUGGAAGAAAAAAUGGGUGAUCUUACGUGAUAUGCCUCCUUACCCGUUUUCAAAGCACGUUCAAAUUGUGAUAGCAACGAUGACAAUACACAAUUAUAUUAGGCGGCACUCGUCGCGAUAUGACGUUGAUUUCCUCAAUGCUGAAGCAAAUCAACGGGAACUAGUUGAAGACCCAUCUGAAAACCAAAUGGGUAGUUCUAUGUUACGAGAUGACAACGAACAAUCAACCAUUUGCACUAAGGAAGGGGAAGGUGCAACUGAAAUGACGGCCAUUCGAGAACAAAUUACUAAUGCGUUGGUUAAUACGUGA